AUGGAACAAAAAAUUCAACAGCCGCAACAAAAAAAAAUAACUAAACGUCCGAUCAUUAAUUUUUGUCAAGGUGUUGCAGUUACUUUAUUUUUAUUAGCUACUGCGCUUAUUAUUUGUUUAAUAAUUGCAUAUUGUACUAGUCGGAAACCAUUGACUAGUUAUGCCAUUGUAUUUGAUGCUGGCAGUUCGCACACGGAAAUGUUUGUUUACCAUUGGCCAGCUGAUAAAUCCGAGGGUUUAGGUACAACAUCAACCGUCAAUGAAUAUUUUGUCUGUCCAUUAUCGAGCGUAACUUAUAUUGAUCCCGAAAAACCGACUGAAAUUACUAAACUUAAAGCAAUUUCUGAUUUCGAACAACAUGUUAACUUAUUAGCGGCUUAUUUUCGACCUUGCUUAGAAAAAGCCAUGUCAAGAAUCCCAUCUGAUCGUCAUAAAUUUUCACCAGUUUUUCUCGGUGCAACAGCUGGCAUGCGUCUAUCAUUACUACAUAAUGCGACACGCGCAAAAAAUGUAUUGGAAAGUAUUCGUGAAGUUUUUUCAAAUUCACCAUUUCAAUUUGUUGUUAAUCGUCAAGUACGAAUAUUAACGGGCAUGGAAGAAGCUAUUGAUGGCUGGAUAACAACAAAUAUUUUAUUAGAAAAAUUUACAAAGCUCCAUGCAAAAAAUAAACGGAAAAGAUCACAAAAUGAAUUCGACUCCAAUAUGGUUGGCGUACUCGAUUUAGGCGGUGCGUCAACACAAGUUACAUUUACUCAUCUGAAUGAUAUCGAUGAUGAACCUAUUCCGCCUGAUUUUACAACUAACAUUACGCUAUUCGAUACGGUUUAUAGUCCCUAUGCGCAUAGUUAUUUAUGUUGGGGUAAAAAUGAAGCACUAAAACGGUAUCGUGCUCGUCUUCUCAAUGCAGCAUUGAAUACCGGACGAAAUUAUUUCACAACUUCAAAAAAUCUCCAUAUACGUGAUCCAUGUUUAGCCAAUGGCACAAAUGAUACCGUAACAGUCAAUAGUCUAUUUCGUUCGCCUUGUACGGCAAACGAAAAACAACGUUAUCUAACUUACACCAAUAAAACAUCGUUUAAAUUUAUUGGUUCAGGAAAUGCAACACAAUGUCGUCAAGCUAUUCUUAAUUUAUUCGAUGCAAAACGUAAUGAUCUAACAGUGAAUUGUACAUAUAAACAAGACUAUUGCACAUUUGACGAUACAUUUCAACCAAAAUUACCAGAAGAUAUUAAAUUUAUUGCCCUAUCAGGAUAUUAUUAUGUAUUCAAUAAUCUUGCUCAUGGCAUGAAAAAACCUGACGGAUUUACAGCUGAACGAUAUCAUUAUCGAGAUUUCCCACAGGAAGAAAUAGACCGACGUCUUAUCAAUGUUUGUGAAACUGAUUACUCAACAUUUUACACGCAAGAGUCAAUGACACCAUCUAAUGAACCGCACAAACGAAGUUUAUGCUUCGAUGCCUGGUAUAUGUGGCUUUUAUUAACCUAUGCUAUUGGUUUUACAGAAAGUGAUUUAAAACGUUUAACUUUUGCUAAUACAUUUCCAACAGGAAAAGUCGGCUGGACACUUGGCUAUAUGAUAAAUCAAACAAAUUACAUUCCGGCUGAAUUUCGGGAAAAGGCAUUAACAAAAAAUAGUUUUAUUGGUUUAUUAUCAGGCUCAUUAGUGCUUAUCUUAAUAACAUUUCUUUUUCUGCUUCUUACAUGUUAUCUAUGUUUGAAAAAACGAUCAGCAAGAACAACGAAGAAUAAAGAUGGCUAUACGGAAGCAACCGAACAAGCAAAUGUUUAA